GCCGAGCCGAAAAACUGAUAGCCUUUUUUUGAUUAAUACGACGCAUUUUCCUUGUGCCCUGACCUGAAUGGAGAUGGGACAAUAACCUUGCCGAUGAGAGACCACCCUCUACGCCGAGGUAUAAAAAACUGGAGCAAAUGAUUGCCCAGCGCUUGUUCUUGUUCUUGUCCUUUUGCCCCUGUUAUGAAUUUCGAGCUCGCGAUACGCAACGUCAUGCAGGGCAAAGUCAAGGAGCUCUUCUUGGUCAUCCUUGGCGUAUUGUUCUUCUCAUAUUUGAUACGAAGGAGGCAGGCGCGUCUGCGCGCUAACCCUCGUCGUCUUCCAUUGCCUCCUGGUCCAAAGCUCCUUCCGAUUAUCGGUAAUCUUCUGGAUAUCCCCCGCGAUAGUGAAGCCGCUCGGUACAACAGGCUUGCUCGAGAACAUGGGGACCUCGUGUUUUUGAGCGUCUUUGGGAAAACGAUCUUGGUCGUCAAUACUUACCAGGUUGCCAAUGAUUUAUUCGAGAAGCGCUCUUCCAACUAUUCUGACCGAAAUGAACUACCUAUGAUCAACGAUUUAAUGGGCUGGGACUGGAGUUUCGGUCAUAUGCCGUAUGGCGAUCGUUGGAAAGCCCAUCGGAAAAUAUUCCACGCUCACUUCCAAUCAUCGGUCGUGUCGGUCUACUGGCCCAUUCAACUCAAGGAAGCCCACAAGCUGCUUCGUCGUCUGCUACACGAACCUGAAGAAUUACUGGAACAUCUUCGUCAUAACUCGGCUAGCACGAUCAUGAACGUAACAUACGGUAUAGAAGUAUCAGAUGAAGACGACCGAUACAUAACCGUGGCAGAGAAGGCCUUGGAUGGAAUGGCGAAAGCCGCGCAUCCCGGAGCUUUCCUUGUCGACAUUUUCCCUAUUCUAAAACAUGUCCCCGAGUUCAUGCCCUUCGCUGGAUUUAAGAGGAAGGCUCGAGAAUGGAGGAAAGCAGUCAUGGAAAUGCGUGAUGCUCCUUAUGAAGCCGUUAAGAAUGCAUUGAAACAAGGAACGGCAACUCCAUGCUUUGUUUCUUAUCUUCUCGAUGACUUGGAAGCGAAGAAAGAGAAUAAGCAACAAGAAGAUACAAUUCGUAAUUGCGCAGGACUUGCCUUGGCUGCCGGAGCUGAAAGCACUGUAUCCUCUCUUUCCUCGUUCAUGCUCGCUAUGGUCCUGUACCCCGACGUCCAAAGCAAAGCUAGGCACGAAAUCGACACCGUUAUUGGACAAGGCCGACUUCCAGACUUUAGCGACCGCGGAUCUCUUCCGUAUGUUGACGCCGUAGUCAAAGAGGUGCUCAGGUGGAACCCCGUCGCACCCCUCGGUCUACCACAUAUGGUGACGCACGACGACGAAUACAACGGCUACUUCAUUCCCGCAGGCACCACAAUCGUCGGCAACAGCUGGACCAUUCUACACGAUCCAGUCACUUAUCCAGAUCCCGGAAGAUUCAAUCCUGAGCGAUUCCUCGGUGCUGAGAAAGGUAGCGCAGUGUUUGACCACGUCUCAGUAGCUUUUGGAUACGGGCGCCGUAUUUGUCCUGGAAGGUUCAUGGCAGAAGGCCAGCUCUGGGUAUCCGUGGCCUGUAUUCUCAGUGCCUUUGAUAUUUCUCCGGGGUAUGACGAAAACGGGAAACCGGUACACACACAAGCGGCGUUUGCAUCGGGAAUGAUAUCACAUCCUUUGCCUUUCAAAUGUACUAUUACGCCGAGGAGUGAGCUUUCUAGGAAACUUGUUGAGCAGACUGCAGACCUAGCACCCUAGUUUGACCAGAAUUAUGUUUGUUUAAGAUACUUGUAUAUUAUAUGCGUAGUAAAAGUAGCGUAACAGAAGUUAAACAAAGUAUGCAUUUUGAUUAACGUGGAGCAAUCUUAAAGGGGGUAGUGAUGUACGAAUGCAUGCUGAUAGUGCUCGAGUACCAGCCACUAGUGACGGAUCAGCCUUCAGAUAUACUCAACCAAGUUGAGAGGAUUCUUGUCAAUUCA